AUGGGUUGUUCGACCGGAUACUUUUUUGUCUUACUUAAGAUCUGCCUUAAUGUUCGAUUGAGCGUGAAUUAUGGGCAAAAUAGCAUUGAGAAGCCACUUAUGGUCAGCCCAUCGAGUCUCUAUCACCACAGCCACACAGCAAUGCUCUACAAACAAAUGACCUACGAUGAUCACCAUUUUCUACUAUGCUGUAAACCUUUCUUAUCACCCCGCAAACCCCAAUUCCUCCACACCCUCGACUAUGUCAUAUCAACGCCCAAUGUCAUAACAAUUAUCCGCAAAAUGAAAGAGGACCUUGGUCUACUCCCCAAUCGCCGGCAUAGAAAGGACAGAUUCGCACCCAUAAAGAUGGAGGAUGAAAACAAUAAAAACAACCGCUACCGUGAUACUCUCGCAGAUUUAUUCUACUUCGUUGGUAACAACCCAAGAAUAGUCCCUAUGGACGUACUGGAGCCUAGAGUAGAAGGAUAUAUCUUCAAUUGCCGUCAGCUAUCCUUCAAGACUAAAGUCCAGUACUCCUAUUUAAGUCCCCGUUGCACUGCCGGAUACCCCACCGAAUUUUCACACUCUACCCAAAUGCCAACAACCCUUGACUUGCACUAA